GCAGCCAUUGCUUUGCCAAACCUAAGCUGAAGUGCAGCCUCUUGGACACACCCUUCUCCACUUAGUGCAAGAGCUCUGUAGCCCCACAGCGGUUCUAACGCCUAAAUCAUUGAAGAGGCCCAAAAUGCAGAUGCCCCGGGACCCGUUCCCCACUGACUGGAGCCCACCACCUGUAGAGUUCCUAAAAAAGAGCAAGAAGGUCCCUCAGCUCUGCAGGAGAUCACUUGAGGACUUAGAGAAGGAGCCCCCAGGUUCAGACCAGAAAGUAGAGCUGACCUCACUGGAGGAGCUCUUCUGGAACAUGGCAGGUCCAAGCCAACAGACUGUGACCUCAGAGAUUUCCUCUCGGGGUUCAGAGUGCUAUGUCAACAACUUAGAUUACUUACUGCAGGAGAAGAGAGAACAGGCCCUGGAGCAGGAAUGGGAGCAGCUGUUGCAGCAAGAGCAUCCCACACUCGGCUCUACUGAAUGUGAUGAAGAAGACAGAGAAGCAGCGCUCACACCUGAGCACAGGAUGCUGGUGGAGAAGUUCUCCGUGUCCCUGCAGGUCAUUUCACCAGUGCAUCCAGGGGAAACUGUCUUCUUGCCUAGACGUCACCCUUUGCCUUGCAUUUUGGACUCCUCUAGUCUAAAGCCACACAGCCAACUGGAAGAGCUAUUCCUCAGGUCCCCACUGCCCCAGCAGCUCUCCUUCCUGCACCAGGGCCUCCUGAGCAACCUCUACCUGCAUGUGUCCGAUUGCCCUCUGCCUCUGCUCCAGUGGCUGUUCCAGUUGUUAACAUGGCCUCCAGAAACAUCUUCAAGAGCUUUUGGUCUCCUCUGGGAUCUCAGCAUAGAUGGGCUAUUCCGUCAGCCUGAGGAAGACAUGCGCUUGUGGUGUCCCUCACUGCAAGAGGUCAAGGAGGUGUUUCGCAGCCUGGGAGCCUACAACCCUGCCCUGUACCCACAAGGCCCCUUCCAGCACAGCCCAAGAGUGCUUGAGAGUGAGGCCAGCCUGGGCUGCUGGGAACCACAGGAUCCUCCUCAGGAAGUGGCCUUGGACAUUAAGCUGAGCUAUAUCUACAGGUUUCUGAUCCUGUGUUUCCUAGUCCAGCCAAAGUCCUACACUGACGCCAGCAUCUUAGGCCUGAUGGAGCUGCUGUGUCGCGCAGGCCUGGAUGUCGGGCUGCGCCUGCUGCCCAAGGCCGACCUCCAGCAACUCCUGCUCCUGCUGCUGGAGAACAUCCAAGAGUGGCCCGGCAAGCUCCAGCCCCUGUGUUGUGCCCUCAGCUGGGUGUCGGACCACCACCACAACCUGUUGGCCCUCGUGCAGUUCUUUCUGGAUGUGACCCCUCGGGGCAGGCAGCUUAGAAGCCAGCUGAGCCUCAUGGUUAUUGCCCGGAUGCUGGGUCAGCAAGAGGCACUUCCUCUCUGGGGAGAGAAGACACAGCUAGCCUUGCUCAGCCAGCUCCUCAGCCUCAUGAGGCCAUCAUCACUCAGGCAGUGUCUGGGUGCUGAGACCUUUCCAUCCUGUCCGGAGCAACAGCCAAAGGCCAAGACUGAGCUGGACCACAAGGUCUGCUAUCUGUGCCAUAGCCUCCUGACACUGGCUGGGGUGGUGGUCAGCAGCCAGGAUAUUACUCCAGAUCAAUGGGGUGAACUGCAGCUGUUGUGCAUGCAGUUGGACCGCCAUAUCAGCACCCAUAUCCGGGAGAGCCCCCAGGCCAUGUACCGGACCAAACUCAAGGACCUAGCUACCCAGACCUACAUCCGCUGGCAGGACCUGCUGACCCACUGUCAGCCCCAGGGUCAGUACUUCAGCCCUUGGAAAGACAUUUAAAGGGGUAAAGGUCAAGCGGUCCAAGGCUCUGGACUCCAGCAGGACGGCAAAGAAUGGAAGCCAGAGGAGGCCAAGCCUGGUGAAGCUAGGCUCCCGCC